CACACCCUACAAUUGACUUAGUAGUCAAACGCAACUCGUAGAUAGUUGGCCUCCUUAAGUAUGUAGUCAUCUGGAGAUAUCGAUCCAUGAGUCAUGCGUGUGUAGAAGGAUUUGUCACUUAAUGUGAUCUCAGAGCGUCGAGCGUCGGACGACUAGUCUCAUGACUACUGAUUAUGGGAUACCAUGGAAAACAAAAAGAAAACGUCUUGAUGUUCACAUAUGCAUCAGGCUCACACUUCAUUUCCUUCAUCCUUGGAGUGUUACUUUAACUUGAUCACCGAGCUCCUUUCCACUCUCCCCCCAUAAUCAACGAGCUACCACUUUCAGAAAUGCUAAUUUAACUUGAUUAGGUGCAAGAUAGUUGGUGGGAGCUUUCACUGGGAACUUCUCUUCAAACAGAAACGUCAAGGAAACAUGCCUCAAUUCGACAAAGAUGGGGUGCCGGUGCUGUUGGAAACACAUGCUCAACAAUCUGAUGAAUUCAUGGAUUCUAAUUGCCGGAGGCUCUCAUACAGGACACGGAGUGCAUCAAUUUCUAUUCCGAUGGUCCCCAUUGAACCAUAUGAGGGAGGAACUCAUCUUGUUGGACAUACUGGUCCACUUCGUAGUGUGAGAAAACCACCCUCUGGGCAGAUGAGUGGUCCACUAUAUGCUACCACUGCAGGAGCUGGAAAUCAUUUUCAGCACAGUAUAGCUGUGCCAGGAAAAAAAGCAGUGGAGGGCAAGACACAACAACUUUCAACUUUUGAUGGUACAGAUGAGAAUCUUUGGAACAACAACUAUGAUAGAAAAAAUGAACACUUACUGAGGUCUGGGCAGCUGGGAAUGUGUAAUGAUCCUUAUUGCACUACUUGCCCUACUUAUAUUAAGGCUUCUCAGAAAGGAAAUCCAAAGGUUUCGACUGUGUUUGAUUCCAAGUUCCAUAAUUCUCUUUAUGGGGAGGCAAAAGGUUUUGGAAGAAAACUUUUUUCUUUCUGCUCUUCAUGUGUUCCUGGAGUUAUGAACCCUCACGCUAAAGUUGUACAACAAUGGAACAAGUUUCUGGCCAUGUUUUGCUUGAUGGCGAUUUUUGUUGAUCCAUUAUUUUUCUUCUUAUUCUAUGUGAGGAAGGAUUCUAACUGUAUUGUUAUCGACCUGACAAUGACAAAAAUACUUCUUUUACUUCGAAGCAUAAAUGAUGUUGUAUAUUUAUUGAACAUUCUUCUCCAGUUUAGGUUGGCUUAUGUUUCACCUGAAUCAACGGUGGUUGGGGCUGGAGAUUUAGUUGACAAUCCCAAAAAAAUUGCUCUUAAUUACGUGAAGGGUUACUUUUUUUUUGACUUAUUUGUCGUAUCACCACCUCUACCUCAGAUAAUGAUACUUUUUGUCCUACCGACUUCCUUGGGAUCACCAGGACCAAAUUCUACUAAGAAUGUUCUACAUGUAGCAGUCCUUUUGCAGUAUGUUCCCAGAUUAUUCAGGUUUUUGCCUCUGCUAAUUGGCCAGUCUCCAACUGGAUUCAUAUUUGAGUCAGCAUGGGUGAAUUUCGUCAUAAAUCUUCUCAUUUUUAUGCUAUCUGGCCAUGUUGUUGGAUCUUGCUGGUACCUCUUUGGUUUACAGAGGGUUAAUCAAUGUUUGCAAAAUGUCUGCCAUAGUUCUAUUAAACAUGGAUGCACGGAAUUGAUUGAUUGUGAUUCUAGGAUGGGCCAGAUGUCAGCUAUGUGGAGAAACAAUACAAAUGCCACUGCUUGUUUGAAUUCCACAUCUGGUUCUUUCCCUUAUGGGAUAUAUGACAGAGCUGUAGCACUUACUACAGAAACUAAGGUGGUCAAGAAAUAUGUGUUUGCACUGUUUUGGGGCUUCCAACAAAUCAGUACUCUGGCCGGUAAUCAAAAUCCAAGCUAUUUUGAGUGGGAGGUCCUUUUUACAAUGGCCAUCAUAGGAUUGGGACUUUUGCUUUUUGCGCUUCUCAUUGGAAACAUACAGAACUUUCUUCAGGCUCUUGGACGGAGGAGGCUAGAGAUGCAACUUAGAGGCCGUGAUGUUGAGCAAUGGAUGAGCCACCGUCGCUUGCCAGAAGGUCUCAGAAGGAAAGUACGUCAGGCUGAACGGUAUAGUUGGGCUGCAACAAGGGGGGUUAAUGAAGAAAUGCUUCUAGAGAAUUUGCCGGAAGAUCUCCAGACAGACAUUAGACGCCAUCUCUUCAAAUUUGCAAAAAAGGUUCGAAUUUUUGCCCUGAUGGAUGAACCUAUCUUAGAUGCUAUUCGUGAGAGACUUAAACAGAAGACAUACAUCAAAGGAAGUAGAAUUUUGAGUCGGGGAAGUCUUGUAGAAAAGAUGGUCUUUGUUGUGCGUGGAAAAUUAGAGAGCAUUGGAGAAGAUGGAAUUGGAGUUCCCUUAUCUGAAGGAGAUGCUUGUGGUGAAGAACUUCUCACAUGGUAUCUUGAGAAUUCUUCUGUAAGCAAAGAUGGUAAAAAAGUAAGGCUUCCAGGACAGAGGUUGCUAAGCAACAGAACUGUGAGAUGCUUAACAAAUGUGGAGGCAUUUUCACUCCAUGCUGCAGACCUUGAAGAAGUAACAUUUCUUUUCACAAGAUUCUUGCGGAGCCCUCAGGUCCAAGGAGCUCUAAGGUAUGAAUCACCUUACUGGAGAUCCCUUGCAGCAAACAGAAUUCAGGUUGCAUGGAGAUACAGGAAGAAACGUCUAGGUCGUGCUCGUGCUAAUAUCUCACAAUCAGAUCAAACACCGAAGUCGUAGGAAUGAAUCACUGAUUUGUAUGCCAUAGAGAACUAGAUUGUAAAGUGCUUAAUGAAUUUGCAAUUCUUGUAAACUAGGAAUGAAUCAUCACAUUAUCAUAAAACAACUUAUUUUCUGCCAAAUUAUCAGUUGAAGAUUCACUUA